AUGGAGGGAAUCAGCAAGGACGGAAACUUCCUGUUCCUCGAAAACGAACGCGACGUUUCCGGCGGUUCUUCACGUCGUGCCAGCAACGAGAGCACAUGCAGUCUUCACGUUCCUCUGAAUCUUGAAACGUCUGCAGCACCGCAGAUCGCGACCAUCGCCGGAUCCCUGCUGAAGCCCAGAUCGCAAUCUCUGGUCUCGGUUGGAACGAAGAAAUCUAUAGUUUGGGACCACGAGACACUGCUGAACGGCAUCGAGGAGAGUCCCAGAUCGAAGUACACGCAAUCGACGCACCGUCGCAGCUCACUGCAAGCCGAAAAGAUUUCGAAAAUAACUCGUUUCAUUUCCGAGAUCGAUGAGAAGAGAUCAUCGACGACGCAUCAACAUUACCAUCAUCAUAAUCAACACGCGACGUUCAAGGAUGCGUUCGGACCACAGCUGAGCAACGACAAUCUCGCCACGUUACCGGGAACACCUAUUCCGUCCCUGGUCCAGGACAGUCCGGACCUGGACGCAACUGAAUUACCUCCACCGACGCCGCCCAAUUCCGGUAAAUUGGAGCCUCUGGACCCGGAGAGUCUCUACUUCCGCGAUGGACGUAGACAGAUAGACAUGAUUUUAGUUUACGAGGAGGAGGAAUUGGGUGUUAUGACCGAAGCCGAGGCCAAAAGAAGAGAUAACAGAAGGAUAUUUCAGGAAAAUAUUGUGAAGGAGGGUUUGGAGUUGGAAAUGGAGCACAAAGACGUGUCUUUCGAUGGGAAGACCUGGUUCAUAAAGAUCCAUCUGCCGUGGAAGACGAAGACGAGGUACGCGUCUUUGAUGGGCAUGAAAUUGCCCAUCAAACGAUUCAUAACGAUCUCCGUCAAAGCUUGGGAUGACGACAAGGACAAUAACAGGGAUAAAUCGUUUUACGCGAAAUGGAGGCAAAAAUGGCGAGAUAUGUUCGAGUACAAUCAGGAUUUAAUUGAGAAAGAACCGUCGUUCUACGAUGCGACGGAGGGUGCGGAUCGCGAAGAACAAUUCAUAGUUAAAGAUCGCGUGACCGCUUACUCGAGCGCCCAACGCAGUCUGAUCGUGAUGCAAAUUUUACUCAGGGUUAAAUUCGACGACACCGAUAAGGUGGGAAUCAGGAGACUGCUGAACGAUAACACUUAUAUAGCGUGUUUUCCUCUGCACGAGGGUAGUUACGAGAAGGAGGAGAGCGACGGGACUGUUUUAGAUAGAAGACUAUUAUACUUGGAAUGGGCUAGACCUUCCAAAUGGUACAAAAGGCAACCGCUGAGGUUGGUCAGGAAAUAUUUCGGGGAUAAAAUCGGUUUGUACUUCUGCUGGCUCGGAUUCUACACGAAGAUGCUUUACGCUCCGGCCAUCGUCGGCACUCUGUGCUUCCUCUACGGUCUGGCAUCCAUGGACAGCGACGAUAAUAUACCUAGCAAAGAGAUCUGUGACAUCAACGGACCGGGAAACAUAACGCUGUGUCCGCUGUGCGACAAGGCGUGCAGAUACCAGAAGCUCAUCGAUAGCUGCAAAUUCGCGCGAUUGACGUACCUCUUCGAUAAUCCGGCCACCGUGUUCUUCGCCAUCUUCAUGAGCCUCUGGGCGACCCUUUUCCUUGAGCUGUGGCGGAGGAAGCAAAGCGUCAUCCAAUGGGAAUGGGAUCUUCAAGGAAUUGAAGAGGACGAAGAACCGCGGCCAGAAUUUGAGACAAGCGUGAAAACGUACAGGACGAAUCCGGUAACGAGGGAGAAGGAAGCGUAUCUGCCGACGUGGUCAAAGACCCUUCGUUACUUCGCCACCGGAUCUGCAGUUUUCUUCAUGUUGAUAGUGGUUCUGUGCGCCGUACUUGGAACAAUAAUCUAUAGACUGUCGCUGGUUUCCGUGAUAUACGGGGGCGGCGGUUUUUUCCUCAAGAAACAUGCCAAAAUCUUCACGUCGAUAUCCGCCGCUCUACUCAAUCUUGUAAUCAUCAUGUUUUUGACGCGCUUUUACCAUAACAUAGCAAUCUCGUUAACAAAUUUGGAGAAUCCUCGGACGCAAACGGAAUACGAGGAUUCGUACACCUUCAAAAUCUUCGUUUUCGAAUUCAUGAACUUCUACUCGUCCCUCAUCUAUAUAGCGUUUUUUAAAGGACGUUUCUUCGAUUAUCCGGGAGAUACGAUCAGCAGAUCUUCGGAAUUCUUAAGAGUGAAGGGCGAUGUUUGCGAUCCUGCCGGAUGCUUGAGCGAACUGUGCAUUCAGCUGGCAAUCAUCAUGAUUGGAAAGCAGGUUUUCAAUAACUUCUUGGAGCUCUUCAAUCCGUUCUUUCAGAACUGGUGGAGAUGGAGGUCGCAUCGAUCCAACACCAAAGAUCUGACGAGGAGACACACGAGGUGGGAAGAGGAUUACCAUCUGCAGGAUGCCGGGCGUUUGGCUCUUUUCGAUGAAUAUUUAGAAAUGAUUUUGCAGUACGGUUUCGUCACACUGUUCGUGGCCGCAUUUCCUUUAGCUCCACUGUGCGCUCUACUCAAUAACAUCGCGGAGAUCCGUCUGGACGCUUACAAGAUGGUAACUCAAGCGCGAAGACCUCUCGCUGAACGUGUCGAAGAUAUUGGAGCCUGGUACGGAAUCUUAAGGGUCAUCACCUACGCAGCUGUUGUUUCCAAUGCUUUCGUGAUCGCUUACACCAGCGACUUCAUCCCGAGGAUGGUCUACAAAUACAAGUAUUCCGAUCACGAGGAUCUCGUCGGAUACAUCGACGCUUCUCUCUCCGUCUUCAACACUUCGCACUACUUUGACGGGAUGGGUGCGGAUGAUGACCUCGAGGAUCCUCCACCGACUUGCCAGUAUCGCGGCUACAGGAACGGCCCCGACGAGAAGGAACCGUACGGUCUGAGUCCACAAUAUUGGCACGUCUUCGCAGCUCGACUCGCUUUCGUCGUCAUCUUCGAGCACAUAGUCUUCGCCCUAACCGGUAUCAUGCAGUACGUCAUCCCCGACGUCCCAUCAGAGUUGAGAACGCAGAUCCAGAGGGAAACUCUUUUAGCCAAGGAGGCGAAGUACGAGCAUGGAUUGAAGAAAAACGAUUACGACUACGAGGAUUUGAUGGCUGCGGCAAAGGAAUCCAGUUACACGAACAACAGAAGCGAAAAACAUCAAACCGGUACGAUGACGACGGUGAGGGGUUCCUGGGCUCGGAGAUUGAGUAAACUCUCGGACGGUUUGGACGCGCACGUGGAGGUGGCGUCUAGGAAGAGGAACUCGGUGAAUUCGACCGUGUGGGAGGUCACGUAGUAGUCAACAUCGCAUUCUGCAGAUCAUGUUUGUACAUACAUCCAAAGAUAUUUCUGUUCCCUCUUUGUAUUUCCUCCUCCCUAACCAUCAGUUAUCUCUUUAACUGCGUCUUUACUGUUUCAACAUAAUCCGCACUUUGUUACGAACUUCGAAAUAAA